UCAUCAGCUAUCUCCAUCAAACACCAUUUACACUCUACAACAACCUGAACAUUAACAAUCUACAAUGAACAUGCUACUCAAAUUUCCAACUCUAACCUUCCAUAUUCCUCGUCACACUACCACUCCUUUUCUAAAACCCUCUAAUUACCCUUUCACUCAUCUUUCCUUCCCAUCAAAACUAACAACAAAUCCAUUUUAUGUCCCUUCAAUGAAAUGUUCAAAUUCCUCUUCUAGUUCCAUCCACAUGCAAUCAACAAAUUUUGAAUUUGAGCCUGAUCCAACACUCACCAAUGAAGAUCUCAAACCAACUUCACAAACCCAAAGAACAUUUUCUGGUUUAGAAAUAGCUAGUCUUUGGGUAGGACUUGUUGUUGGUGUACCUUCUUACUAUCUAGCUGGUAGUUUAGUUGAUCUUGGUAUGGCUUGGUGGCAAGGAAUUUCCACUGUUGUUAUUGCCAACAUGAUUCUUUUAGUACCACUUGUUUUAACUGGUCAUGCAGGUACACAUUAUGGCAUAUCAUUCCCUGUUCUUGCUAGAUCCUCUUUUGGAAUUCAUGGUGCUCAUAUUCCAACCCUUUUAAGAGCCUUAAUUGGUUGUGGUUGGUACGGAAUUGAAUCCUGGAUUGGCGGUGAAGCAAUUUUCAUACUCUUACCAAAAUCAUUAAAACAAGUUUCUUCGUUUUCAAAUUUUCUUCCAUGGCUUGGUACUUCCCCACUUGAAUUUUCAUGUUUUAUGGUCUUUUGGGUGGCCCAAUUGGCUAUUGUUUUGAGAGGUGUGGAUGGAAUUAGACAGCUUGAAAAGUAUUCAGCUCCAAUACUCAUUUUUCUUACUUCAUGUCUUCUUAUUUGGUCCUAUGUUAAAGCUGGUGGCUUUAGUCACAUGCUGUGUUUAUCAUCUAGGCUUUCAACUACAGAGUUUUUCUCUGUUUUUUUCCCUUCUCUUACUGCUAAUAUAAGUUUUUGGGCUACUGUGGCUCUUAAUAUACCUGAUUUUACUAGAUAUGCGAAGAGUCAAAAAGAUCAAGUUGUUGGUCAAAUUGGGCUACCUAUUUUUAUGGGGGCAUUUACAUUUGUUGGUUUAGCAGUUGCUUCAUCUACAAAAGUGAUUUUUGGUGAAGUUAUUUCUAAUCCAAUUCAACUUCUUGGUAAAAUUGGUGGGUUUACAACUACUAUUCUUGCAAUUGUUGGUAUAAGUCUUGCAACUAUUACAACAAAUAUUGCUGCUAAUGUUGUAGCACCUGCAAAUGCUCUUGUUAAUCUUAAUCCUUCAUGGUUCACUUUUAGAAGAGGUGCAUUAUUAACUUCAAUACUUGGAAUAGUAUUCCAACCUUGGAGGCUUUUGAAAUCAAGUGAGAGUUUUGUUUAUACUUGGUUAGUUGGAUAUUCUGCAUUGAUGGGUCCUAUUGGAGGGAUUGUUUUGGUUGAUUACUAUCUUAUACAAAAAACAAAGUUGAGAAUAAGUGAUUUAUACACAAGGAGUCCUUUUGGUGAAUACUAUUAUUCAAAGGGGUUUAAUGUAGCAGCAAUUGUAGCUUUAGUAGUUGGAAUUUUACCUGUUGUUCCUGGAUUCUUGCAGAAAGUUGGAAUUGUAACUUCAAUUCCUAGCACUUUUGCUGUGAUAUACAAUAAUGCUUGGUUUAUUAGUUUCUUUUCUGCAGGAAUGUUAUAUUGGGUUCUGUCAAGUUUGAGAAGGAAACCAGAUAUGUAUGGUGUUAUAGACCCCCUUUUGCUACCAGCAAAGUAGUUCAUAUAUCAUCUCAACCAAUGUUUGUUUUGUAUGGACAUUGUAGAUUGUAUGAUAUUUGAAUAAAAUACGUUCCAUAUAUUGUAUGAUAUUUGAAUUAUAGGAUUUUAUUGAUUUA